AUGGAUGCAAAGAACCAAAGUAAUAUUGCCCACAUUUCCCUGCGGCAGGACCUGGCGGCAUCCUGGUCUUGUAACCCGAAGGAAGAUAAGACGGGUCGUUUGUCGGAAGUCCUUGCAUGCGCAACGGCGCCACCAGCGUUGCCGGGCGUAGCGUCAGAUGUGAGCAACACAACGGCGGUGAACGCGGUGGCAGCGGGAGCAACCGCAGCUGGAGGAGGUGUCUCUGGAGCAAAACCAGCAGUGGCGACGGUCGACCUUGUGGGCGGGUUACUGCUCGGAAAUGGUGCCAACGCUGCGGGAUCCGUGACCGGCAACGCAACAGCUUUGAAAGGUGGUGAUGAUUUCGAGUCCAUGUUUACUCCUCUGUCUUCCCUGCCGGUCGCCAAGUCGGAAACGCCAAAGGCCGGCGUCGUCAGCCGGGCGAGUGGCUUCCAGCCAGGACCACAUACAAGCCUGCAGAUUGCGGCAGCUGGGACGGGGCCGCCAGCAGCGACGGCACAUGAUGCAGGAGGGCAUUCGCAAGGCGUAGAACGAAAAGGGCCGCUGAAAAAGGCUUCCCGUGUUCUUGAUGGUCGCGGCAGCGCUGGGCAGCCAGGCGCUUUGGGAGCUGCUGCCGCUGCAGCUGCCGGGGCUACAUCAGACCAGACAGAGGCUACGGACCAUGCAUCCGUCGGUCGGAGCCGGACACCAGUCCCGCAGUUCAGCCCCGUUUCUGCUGCCGCAGCAACACCAGGCACUGCUAAGGAAACCACUGCCGGAGGAGCUUCCGCCGGUGCCGCCGCGGUCGCUGCAGCAGCAGCGGCUAGCAAAACACAGUCGCAGUCGUCGCAACCACAGCCGCAGGGGCAAGGCCAGCCGGCGCAGCAGCAGCCGCAGCAGCCGGCAAUGGCUACACAGCAACUGCAGCAGCGGGCGUCGUGGGGUAAACAUUUAAAAGAUGGAGCUAAGGAAGGUGCUAGGUUGCGGGAAAGCGGGGACGGUGCCGCGCCGCCUGUCACGGGGCUGGGAAGCCUGGCGGCGGGGCCCGCAGUGGGAACGGGAGGAGGGCUGUCUGCGGUAGGGAGUCGUGGAGGGGACAGGCCACCGGCACCGGCAUCAGCAGGUUCAACGCCUGCGGCGGCGCCCGCCCACAGCGGCGGAGAGGUGGGAGAGCGGAAACGGCCGCGAUCAGAGGGAUCCAAGCCCAAGGCCGGUACUUCCCUGACGGGCGACCCACACGGGAGUACGGAGAAUGCUUGGCCGUACGGCGAAACAUUGGCGGACCGCAUAAAGCGCACCAAGCGGGCGACGACGUCAUCUAGUGAACAGGAAGGCCCUCAAUCGCACGGAGGGAGCGCAGAGCGACCAAUAAGCCACGCUGCAUAUGCUGGCAAUGGCGCCACUCCCGCCGGCGGGGAAGGCCAAUCCAACGCGGCCGUUGCUGGAGGUGCUCGGCCCCCCGGGGAACCGCAGCCACGACCCGCGAUAUCUGCGGAGGCGCAAUCACGUGGCACGGAGCCGUCGGCACCCGCCAGGAAUCCCUCUCGUGGGCCGCAAGCGGCGGCGUCUACAGUUCCCGGAGGUGAUGCAGCUGCCAGCACGGCGGUAGGAGGCGGGGCUAAGCAGCAGCAGCAACAGCGGCAUCAAGCCGCACAGCAGGGCCGCGACAAGCUGGGAGGGCGAUCAGAAGAUUCACCCGCUGCCAUGCAGUCCCGUAGUGGAGGGCAGAUUGCGGAAAAGCCCCCGGACGCGCUCAUGCAGAACCCGGUUUGUAACAGCUUGCGGGUGUCGGGGGGCGGAGCUGUCACGGACAGCAGCGGUGUAGGGGGUGUUGGGCCUGCAGGGGCCCAGCGCGCCUCCGGGCCGUCCGCGGGCGCUAAGACCGCCGGCGGCACGCAGGCACCUCCUGGUGUUGCAGUGGCGGGCCCCGGAGGGACGAAACGGCCCACAGCGGAUGCACCGCUGUCGAGGCGGCACAACGGCCCUCCUGCUAAGCUUCCACGGUCCGACCCGCACCUUCCCCGUCCCAGCCACCCGCAUGGCCAAGAUCGGAGGAGUGCCGGGCCGGCGGAAGUUACAGCCAUGGCGGCCGCGGUUGGAGGGAACGCUCGUACGGGGGCAGCUUUACCUCCGCCUCCGUCCUUGAAACCCACUCAUCGCACCUCCAGUGGAACUCCGGCUGGGAAGGCCGACGGGGCUCAGGGCCCAGUCGACGGCGCGGGGCCACCGACUUGCGCGACGGGGCUUGGGCAAGUGCCUUCGCCCGCAGGGCCGUCCCCGCCGGGAGGCCGGCUAGGGCGUCUCGGCGAUAACGACAUGCCGGCCGCGGGCAGCUGCAAGGGCCCGGCUGUGGCAGGCAGCCGGGGCUCCAAGGACGGCGCAGGGGACAAGGGCGCAUGUGGUCCUCGGAAUGGGGGACAUGUGGUGGACGCUGCAUGCGGCGGGACCGGGGGCGGCGGAGCAGGCGCCGCCGCCACGACAACAACCGAGCCAAAGACCGACUCUGACACGCGCACGUCGCGUGUUGUUGAGUGCUACUUCGAGUUUGACCCUCCGUGCCGGGUCACCGGAGGCGCGGCGCCUAUUUCUGGUCUUGUACCCGUUGGUCCUCUACCUGUUGGCCACGGCUUCGCGGCGAGGCUGGGGAACGGCCGUGUGUAUGGGGGGCCGGCUGCUGCCGCGGCGCUGUAUCCGCGCGGUGGCAGUGGUGCCGCGGCGGCGAUGGCAGCGGCGGCGUCUCAGCUUCUAGAUCUUGGCAAGAUUCGCUCGUUCAAGGAGCUGUGGACUCAGCUCGCGGCGCUGCACGACGGGAGUUUGCCAGAUGAAAUGGACUCGAAGAUCAUUUACCUGGAUGAGGAGGGCGACUGGAUCAUGGUGACUCCGGACGAGCCCUGGUCCUCGGUGGCGGCUGCAGCCACCAAGGUCCUUGUCACCAACCGAACUUGA